UGCAUAGAAUGUUAAGUCAGUGCAAUAAGAAAUCUCCGAGCUGUAGCUAGAAAAAUAAUAUAUCUUCUUUCGACAUGAAAUCAUUAACAAUAACAUUGUGCCUUCUGAUACAAGCAACAGUGAUAAUAGCAAAAACAGUAAGAUUACCUUCUGCUGUAAAUCAGCUCAAGUUCUAUGCAAAAACCAAUACACCUAUCAUGGUAUAUACUACGCCAAUACCAUGGCAUUACACCCCAAGGCCAAACAAAUUUCUUUACAAUUACAACUAUAACACUGAUACUGGCAUCCAAGCUCAAGAACACGGUCAUCUCAAUAAUGUGGGUACCGAUCAGGAGGCCAUAGAAGUGCGAGGCAGCUAUAGCUAUACUGACAACGAGGGUAAAACCUAUCAGGUCUCGUAUGUAGCCAACGAAAACGGAUUCCAGCCGGAGGGUGCUCAUUUACCUGAGGUACCGCCACUAAUCAAGAAGGCUCUUCAAUACAUUGCUGAACAUCCCGAGGAAAACGGGGAAUAAGAACACCGGACGUGACAGAGAAAUAUGGCAAAAAUCGGCAAAUUGCAAGCGAAUCUUGACAAGAUGACAAAUUGGAAAAAGCCUAGCGCGGACGCGAUUGCGGUCGCUUUGAGGAUUGAUCCUCGUGGAGACCGACAAUCUCGAGACACGGCUAUUUGUGUCGUGAUUAUUUUUGUAUUUGUACAAUAUUAUUAAUAAAGUUAUAUAAUAUUUGCAUAUAAUAUUAUUAUAAUUUUAUACCAUUAUUGAUGAAUGCACAGUAAAUCUUGUAACAUA